AGAUAGUCAGUUGGAAAUAUUUUUUUCACGGCAGUUCAUAUUUCAAAAUUGGUUCAAAAUGCUGCAAAAAAUUAUAACUUGUGCAUUUUUUCUAACAGUAAUUUAUAACUCAUCUGCUAAUCAACAAAAACCGUCAACCAACUCGUUCAAACUGAAGAUCAUCCACUUCAACGAUCUUCACGCAAUGUACGACGAAAUCACGCCCAAAUCAAAACCAUGCGAAGGAAGCGACUGCGUCGGAGGAAUCGCCAGGCUCGCCACAACAAUCAAAACACUAAAAGCCGACAAUCCGAAUCACUUGAUCCUGAACGCCGGCGAUGUCUUCCAGGGCACGGUUUGGUACAACCUGCUCAAGUGGAACGUUAGCCAGCACUUUAUGAACUUGCUGGGAGCUCAUGCGAUGGUUUUGGGAAAUCACGAGUUUGAUGACACCAUUGCUGGGUUGGUGCCCUUUUUGGAGGCUACUAAGGGGGUGACUCCUGUACUGGUGUCGAACUUGGUAAUUCCAGAGGGUGACCAGUCUGAAAAUGUUACUAGAAUUAAAGAUUUAGUCAAGCGUGAACCAUUUGUGAUCAACGUUGGAGGUAAACAGGUUGGCAUUAUUGGGGUGAUCUUCGAUGGAACGGAUAAACUGAGUUCAACAGCGCCAAUCAAAUUCCGCAACAGUGUUGAAACUGUUCGUGAGCAGUCGAAAGAGUUGAAACAAGCAGGCGUUGAGAUCGUAGUAGUCCUGUCUCACUGUGGAAUUGUGGACGAUCGGUUGAUUGCGGAACAAGUAGGCGACGAUAUUGAUGUGAUCGUUGGAGGACACUCGCAUACUUUGUUGUGGAAUGGGGAGAAGGCACCAAGUGGUCACGACGUUUAUGGACGGUACCCGUUGGUUGUCAACAGCAGUGGGGGUCACCGGGUGCUGAUCGUUCAAGCGCUGUGUCAUGGGUUGUACGUUGGAAAUGUUGACUUGGAAUUUGAUGAGAAAGGGGAAGUUGUUGAAUUUGAGGGGAAUCCUGUCUAUCAAGAUUCUACAGUUGAGAAAGAUUCCAAAAUUGACGCAGAACUACAAAAGUGGAAGAAGGUUGUAGCUGAGAAGUCUUCAAUCGUAGUUGGCGAAACAAAGGUUGACCUAGACAACGAUUGUCGUGAAAAGGAGUGUAAAAUUGGAUCCACUCUAGCUGACGCUUACCUCUGGUACUUUAAAAAUCGAACCAAUCCACCAAAGAUUGCAUUUAUUCACGCGGGAACCUUCAGGAACUCGUUGCAAGUUGGAAAUUUAACUUCUGGACAAAUAAUGAACGCCCUACCCUUCAGCACUUACGCCAGUGUGAUAAAAAUCCCCGGUAAAACGCUCGAAAAAGCGAUCGAGUUUGGAUCUUGGAUGAAUAGAAGAUGCAAACGUAACUUACUGCAGGUUGCAGGCAUCAAAGCAGCCGUUGAUUAUAGCAAAUUCGAUGGCAGUAAAACUAUGAUUUUUAUCAAAGUUGGCGACGGAUAUCAAUUUUUGGAUGUCAAUCAGGAGUAUGUUGUUGUUACCAAUUCCUACAUCGUCAAAGGAGGCGAUGGAUUCGACAUGUUUGAAGGAGUUGCAGUUGAAGAACGAGGGCCUAUUGAUUCAGAACUUCUGCAAUUAUACUUUGGUGCUAACAAUGGGUUCAAUGAAGAGUCACUUUCUGAGAAUAGAAUCCAAAUAAGAAACGCACAAUUAUCAACUGAAGAAAUUCAAAAAUGCCUUAAAUCAUAAACUUUAGAGCAACAAUACAAAUGAAAAUUUUAUCUGGAAUUAAAACGAUUCAAAAUAACCCUAUUGACCUCCAACCUGCGACACAAAAACUUUCCCGCAGCGUGUGCGACAUUACCAGCGACGUUCCACCGCCUACUGGCGUGUUUCCAGCCAGCCCAGAAAAUCGUAAAGUGAGGUUAGCUUCACCAGGCAAAAGCACGAAUUGAUGUGUGAACGGAAUUCAAAAUGGUGCAAAUGUUGGGUCGCUGCAAAACGGGUUGCGGAAAACGCGGAAAAUUUGCACCCAACUUUACCACAAAAGGUGGCAGAAAGGGGGGCAGGGGAAAUGUUCGUAAUAUGUUAAUAUGAAUUGUAAAACGUAUGUUUUGCUCCCAGUCAGUUGCAACCGGCAGCGACUGGCAAUGGUCUAUGAAUAACACGAUUCAACUUUUUGCGAAAACUCUCGGGUCGUGGAGCGAGCUAUUUUAGGGCGGGUAAAUUCGAGUUAUUCUGAACUGGUUGGCAUAGGAUGUGGAGUUGACUUUUCCUGGCCUACUUGGAUCGUUGAACGCGGUGGAAAAGUCGGUUUCCGAGAACAAAUACGAACAGUUUUCCGACUAACAACCGGAACAAGCUCAAGAGGCGAAACCAGAGAAGGCAAUAACACUGUUAUUGAAUUUAUUUGAAAAUUAAGGGUGUUUUAAUUAAAGCAGGGCCUA